AUGAACAUUAUGUCUGCAAAUUUCAAUAAACCAGAACCCCCUGAUACCCCAUGCCCAUCUAUUUGGAUCAAAUCCGAGAUUAUCGACAGCUUCAUUGCUGGCUUUCCCGAGUCAACUGGGCAGAUCGAUCUCACUGCUGAAGUACAGAUCCCAACUUUAGCCGAAAGUGAACCUAUUUCUUCCUGGUUCAACGCCUACCAAGAGUUUUUGGCUAGCCUUGCUGAAAAGCGGCGACGACCCAACGAACUUGUUCCGCUGCCUUCUGGCCGAAAAGUCGCACAUUUUAACCCUACUGAAAUCUCACCAAGUCCAACACCAAAACUCAUGAAAGCAUAUGUUAAAAUCAAUUCAAAGCCCGAAUGGUACAACACAAACCCCAAGGACCCCAAAAAGCCUUUUUACAAAUUCGGUAAAGCACCAUUGCAGCCCAGCACUCCUGUCACGCCGCUACCCACAGUCCAUGUUGACAUCCCCGGAAAAGGGCCAGGAAAAGAAAACAUUCCUCCUGGUGGGAAACGCCCUAAGGAUAUUGACAAUGUAUCAUUGCCAAAAUUCGGACCAUUGACAACCACAUCGCUGAAUGUUCGGGUGGGAAAGCCUCGUUAA